AGUCAACCAGAGAUCAGCAUGGCCGGCGUCCCAGUAGCUGGAGGACCCACCACACAGCCAGAGAUCAGCAUGGCUGCUGUCCCAGUAGCUGGUGGACACAUCACACAGCCAGAGAUCAGCAUGGCUGCUGUCCCAGUAGCUGGAGGACCCACCACACAGCCGGAGAUCAGCAUGACUGGCGUCCCAGUAGCCGGUGGACCCAUCACACAGCCAGAGAUCAGCAUGGCCGGCGUCCCAGUAGCUGGAGGACACACCACACAGCCAGAGAUCAGCAUGGCCGGCGUCCCAGUAGCUGGAGGACACACCACACAGCCAGAGAUCAGCAUGGCUGCUGUCCCAGUAGCUGGAGGACCCAUCACACAGCCAGAGAUCAGCAUGGCCGGCGUCCCAGUAGCUGGAGGACACAUCACACAGCCAGAGAUCAGCAUGGCCGGCGUCCCAGUAGCUGGAGGACCCACCACACAGCCAGAGAUCAGCAUGGCUGCUGUCCCAGUAGCUGGAGGACCCAUCACACAGCCAGAGAUCAGCAUGGCUGCUGUCCCAGUAGCUGGAGGACCCACCACACAGCCAGAGAUCAGCAUGGCUGCUGUCCCAGUAGCUGGAGGACACACCACACAGCCAGAGAUCAGCAUGGCUGCUGUCCCAGUAGCUGGAGGACACACCACACAGCCAGAGAUCAGCAUGGCUGCUGUCCCAGUAGCUGGAGGACACACCACACAGCCAGAGAUCAGCAUGGCUGCUGUCCCAGUAGCUGGAGGACCCACCACACAGCCAGAGAUCAGCAUGGCUGCUGUCCCAGUAGCUGGAGGACCCAUCACACAGCCAGAGAUCAGCAUGGCUGCUGUCCCAGUAGCUGGAGGACCCACCACACAGCCAGAGAUCAGCAUGGCUGCUGUCCCAGUAGCUGGAGGACACACCACACAGCCAGAGAUCAGCAUGGCUGCUGUCCCAGUAGCUGGAGGACACACCACACAGCCAGAGAUCAGCAUGGCUGCUGUCCCAGUAGCUGGAGGACACACCACACAGCCAGAGAUCAGCAUGGCUGCUGUCCCAGUAGCUGGAGGACACACCACACAGCCAGAGAUCAGCAUGGCUGCUGUCCCAGUAGCUGGAGGACCCAUCACACAGCCAGAGAUCAGCAUGGCUGCUGUCCCAGUAGCUGGAGGACACACCACACAGCCAGAGAUCAGCAUGGCCGGAGUCCCAGUAGCUGGAGGACCCACCACACAGCCAGAGAUCAGCAUGGCCGGCGUCCCAGUAGCUGGAGGACCCACCACACAGCCAGAGAUCAGCAUGGCUGCUGUCCCAGUAGCUGGAGGACCCACCACACAGCCAGAGAUCAGCAUGGCUGCUGUCCCAGUAGCUGGAGGACACACCACACAGCCAGAGAUCAGCAUGGCUGCUGUCCCAGUAGCUGGAGGACACACCACACAGCCAGAGAUCAGCAUGGCUGCUGUCCCAGUAGCUGGAGGACACACCACACAGCCAGAGAUCAGCAUGGCUGCUGUCCCAGUAGCUGGAGGACCCAUCACACAGCCAGAGAUCAGCAUGGCCGGCGUCCCAGUAGCUGGAGGACACACCACACAGCCAGAGAUCAGCAUGGCCGGAGUCCCAGCUAGCACCACACAGCCAGAGGUCAUAGACAUUCCUGUUUCUGGAGCAGGGAUCACUCAGAAUGUUGAACUGAUCAAUAUCAUAGACUUGAAUCUAAAAAAUUUUACCAACCUAUUUAAGAGCUCUGAUGGAACCUUCAUUCUGGUUUGUUCAGACAAUCAGAGUCGGAUGGAUGGACAGUCACCAACCAGUAUAUCAACACCUCAACCAACACCCAAUCAGAGUCAGAUGGAUGGACAGUCACCAACCAGUAUAUCAACACUUCAACCAACACCCAAUCAGAGUCAGAUGGAUGGACAGUCACCAACCAGUAUAUCAACACUUCAACCAACACCCAAUCAGAGUCAGAUGGAUGGACAGUCACCAACCAGUAUAUCAACCAAGCACCCAAAGCUGAAUGAGAUGGAAACAAAGCCAAGAGUUUCGAAAGCACGUGUAAAGAGCUCUAAAAUGAAACAGAAAAAGAUUCCUACCACUUCAGACGUUACAUGUAAGAUUGCUAGCAAAGACAAGCCGAAAACUUACGUAUGUCAAAUUUGUUAUAAGAGUUUUUUAAAAAGUGAUCAUCUCGAAUCGCAUUUGCGUAUUCAUACUGGUGUGAGACCAUUUGAAUGUGAACAUUGUUAUCAAGCAUUCAACACUAAGAGUAGUAUGGUGAGACACAUCAAGAUCACCCACUUGUUUGAGAAGACCUUUCUUUGUAGUCACUGUGACAAGAAGCUCUCAUCCAGCACUCAUUUGAAACAACAUGUGAUGAGGAAUCACUCCAACGAUCGACCUUUUAAUUGUGAAUAUGUGGGUAAUGAGUGCGACAAGAAGUAUUGCACCAAAGAGGAACUACUGCAGCAUAUCCAAGCUGUACACAGUGUGAAGCGUGCUUAUCAAUGUCAGUUCUGUCAAUCAAAGUAUGCCUAUAGUCGCAAUUUAAAAAGGCACCUGCGGAAGGACUGUGCUCUGGUACCAGCUGAAUAUGAUCAUGCGAAAUGUGAUCGUGUGGUUAGAGAGUGUAAACAAGACAAAAAGACAGUAUCAGGUGAAUCAUCAACUAAUGCCAUUGAAAAAGAGAUGAAGGUGGAACCUCUACAUGGUUCAGAUAGCAACCCUAAACGUUACCAGUGCCAUAUUUGUGGCAAGAAACUGUCUAAAAGUGAUCACCUGACAAUUCAUCUUCGGAUUCAUACUGGCGAGAAACCAUUCAAAUGCAACGAUUGUGCCCGCUGUUUCAAUACCAAGAACAGUCUCGUCCGACAUGGGCGCGUCCAUUCAGGGGAACGCCCAUGGAGCUGUGAAUAUUGUGAUUUUACAUUCUCUACAAGUGGACAUAAGACUGUCCACAUGAGACGUGUCCAUACGCAUGAAAAACCUUAUCAUUGUUUGUCCUGCCCAAAGAAGUUUUCAACCCGUGAUUGUUUGACAGUUCAUAUGCGAUGUCACACAGGCGAUAUGCCGUAUUCAUGUCAGUGGUGUGAGAAAGAGUUUGCCCGCAAACCAAACAUGAAGAGACAUGAGAAGAGUUGUGUCCUGCGGGAAUGAUAUACGAAGCUUUCUUUGAAGGUGUUGGUCAUUGGGCAGGCACAUGUCGUAUGCAUUACCGAAUAGGAGUAGCUGUUGUACAAAUGUACCAUUAUCUCCAAUGCAUGAAUCCACAAAAUAAAAUAUUA